UCAGAAGCUUCGCUGAUCGGUAACUACGACAUCAUGAGAUGUUACGAAGUUGACAUUACAUUUCACUAUCAGAUUGACGGAGGACUCACAAAUAGCACCAUAACAAAUACCAAAGUACAGUUUUCUUCUCUUUUUCAACAAGUGCCCAGCCUUCUCUCAAUUCAUCCAAAGUGUUAUGAUGUCGCAAUCACCAGGAAAGAUAUACUCAACUCUCUGCCGGGAGUGAAAAGUAUAUUUUUUACAAUACCAAUGAUAUUCACUGGAUCAAAAAAUGUAGAAGAUAGUCAAAUUUCAGCAAUGAUUGCAGGUUGUAUAAAUACACUGACGACAAGAUAUCAGGGAUUUAUCGACAGCAACACUCCGAAUAUAUCCCAAAAUGGCACUCAUAAUACGCACAAUGCAUCCACCAUAUCAAAAAAGCGAUCCUGCUGUGGUGGGAAUAUACCGCCGCCCUGUUGUGCCGUGGGCUCAGUUAACGUGUCAAGAAGUAAAUGUGGUGAGUUAAAACAACGAAUGGAUUAUAUUUGCAGUUGACCCAGGAUCAGGGACGAGCAGACCAUUUGUUAUGCUCUUGAGCGAAACCGCCUGGGGGGGGGGCGACUUUGAGAUAGAAAACAUGGCUUCCAGGGGGGCAUCAGUGUAUAAAGGGGGGACUAUAGAGUUUGUUUGCCGAUUAACGGCUAAUGAGGAAGGGGGACCAUAAGAACAUUACAGAGCCUUCCCCCCCCCCCUUCGACCUAUAAAUAUUGAUCAGUUUUUAAGCUAAGUUCUUUCUCCUACAUUUAGGUUGUUUGCCAGGGUUCCAAUUUGAUCCAGGCAGUUUAUGUCAGCGUUGUCCUUCAGACACCUAUCAGGACGAACAAGGUCAAUAUUCAUGCAAGAGGUGUCCUGGAAGAAAACAAACAUUUGGAAAAACAGGAAUGACUAGCAAUUCCAGCUGCCUAGGUGAGCUUAAAUAUCAGGGAACGUGUCGGUAAAAUAAGGUUUUUAGGAAAAAGGAGGGCCACUUGAGCUCGGAUAUACCUUCAGUAGCCGUUCCGUUUUCUUUAUUUCUCUGGGGAUAUACCGCCGCCCUGCUGUGCCGUUGGCUCAAUCAAGGUUUCAAAUAUUAGUUGCGGUAAGGAUUUUCAUUUCUAUUUUGAAAGAAAUAAACAUUCCAUCAAUAAAAUGAUACACACGGUUUGUGCAGCGGUAUUUGCACUAAAGGCAAGCGCGGAAAAUUCCCAACAGUGUCCUCGUCCCUUCAUAUCUCUCCUUGACACUGGACAGAAUCUUGUUUUUUUUUUUUUCCUCCAACAUUUUACACAAAUUGUGUUACUUUUUUUAGGUUGUUUGCCUGGAUUUCACUUCGUCACCGGCCGUUCGUGUGUUCCUUGUCCUUCUGACACUUAUCAGGAUGAACAAGGACAAAAGUCUUGUAAGACUUGUCCAGCUAAUACAGUAACAUUUGGUAAGACAAGAAUGACAAGCAAGGCCAACUGCACAGGUAUGGGCAGCAACAAAACUGAGCUAAGGUUCGUUUGACUUUUCAUACGCCUUUCCUUUCCUAUCAAACAUUCGAGAUUGCUUCGUUUUCUUUUUAGAUACAAUGCUCUGAAAGUUAACGACCAAGUAGUUUUCCUGCCUGAAAACAUCAACAACGAAAAGAUAGUCGCGAAUGUUACUUUUACUACAGUUCUGACUUCCCUUCCUAACAGUGUCCGCGUCCCUUAAUCCCUCUCCUUGAAAAAUCCUUUGACACUGGACAGAAUCUUUGUGUUUUUUUCUCAAACGUUUCAGACAAAUUGUAUUCCUUUCUAGGUUGUUUGCCUGGAUCUCACUUCGUCACCGGCCGUUCGUGUGUCUCUUGUCCUUCUGACACUUAUCAGGAUGAACAUGGACAAAAAUAUUGUAAGACUUGUCCAGCUAAUACAGGAACAUUUGGUAAGACAAGAAUGACAAACCAAGCCAACUGCACAGGUAUGGCAGCAACAAAACUGCGCUAAGGUUCAUUUGACUUUUCAUACACCUUUCCUUUCCUAUCAAACAUUUGAGAUUUGCUUCGUUUUCUUUUUAGAUACAAAUCCUCUGCAAGUUAACGACCAAGUAGUUUUCCUGCCUGAAAACAUCAACAACGAAACGAUAGUCGUGAAUGUUACUGUCACUGCUGUUCUGGCUUCCCUUGUUCGACCAUUUAAGUUUUACGUAGAUAAUGUCACACAGCCACGACUACUGUCACGCGAGGUGUCAAGGCGAAAGCGGCGUCGUGUUGAAGUUAAUUCUCGGUGUACACACCCUGAGCUCUGUCCUAAAAUGUUAGUCGAUCUCUGUUUUAAGGCAGGUGCUGUCAAACCAGAAAAUUAUUUCUGCAUUCAUCGAUUCACUGGACGAAUAAGGGUAACGCAAGACUUUGUAUUCAAAGAAGGUGAAGUAUUUGAUUUACAAAUACGCGUGACGGACAGCGACCCAAGUGGAAUAACGGAAAACACAGCCAGAAUCAAACUCAUUUCUGGUGACCCGUGUAAGAACGUCCUAGCAAUUUAUGAUGAAGCCGUGAAAUAUUGCAUCAAGAAUUCAGAAUCUGUCGAUGGAGGAAAGAAGUGCUUGAGUACUCAGUGCACAGAGACUGCCCAUGAUUGGAAAGAGGCACUUAACAGUGCAAGUAAAGUACCAGAGAAAGACUGCUCAGCUGAUCCCCAUAAUCUUACAGUGCUCAUCCGCGAAAACCCACUUUGUGGUAAGUAG